AUGACGCCCGAGUGCCCAACGCCCCGUUGCCCCCAACGACCUGGCUUUCCCCGACCCCGAGCAACAGCAACGCGUCGCGCGUGCAUCGCAACGACAACGAGAUUCAUCAGAGCCCAGACCACCGACGAGAAAGGACAAAACUGCGGCGGAUCUACUCGGAGCCGGAGGCAGGGCAAAGGCCCGAUCCCCCCUUCCCCGCCGGUCGCCGCGCUCGUGCCACGGUGCGCUAGCCCCGUCGAGGCCGGCGGACAGCCUAGAAGUACUGGAGGGCUGAACACUAUCAGCAACGAUAGCUCUCCUGCCACUGAUUCAAAGGACUUGCGUGCUAAGCUGGUAUUGCUGGGAGACUCAGGUGUUGGGAAAAGCUGUAUAGUUCUUCGCUUUGUUCGUGGUCAGUUUGAUCCUACUUCCAAGGUAACUGUUGGUGCAUCUUUUUUAUCACAAACAUUGGCAUUGGAAGAUUCAACAAUAGUGAAGUUUGAAAUUUGGGAUACUGCUGGGCAAGAGAGGUAUGCUGCCUUGGCACCACUUUACUACAGAGGAGCUGCUGCUGCAAUUGUUGUCUACGAUAUAACGAGUCCGGAAUCAUUUAGCAAAGCACAGUAUUGGGUAAAGGAACUUCAGAAGCAUGGUAGUCCUGGUAUUGUAAUGGUUUUGGUUGGGAAUAAGGCUGACCUACAUGAUAAUCGAAGUGUAUCCUCGCAGGAUGCACAGGACUACGCAGAGAAGAACAAUAUGUUUUUCAUUGAGACGUCAGCCAAGACAGCUGAUAAUAUAAACCAACUGUUUGAGAUGAGGCUGAGCAAACAAAGCAUCGGCGCCUUGAAUUUUUCAGUUUUCUGUGCCUAG